AUGGUUUUUCAAGAAUCUACGACUGGCCCAUUGGUGGAGCAGGCCGGUGGUUCCGGACCGAGCAUCGAAGGCAGUGAGGCAACGGGACAAAAUAGACAUGGCGCAGAUCCAGCACAUAAUGCAGCAGAAAAUGAUCUGGACCAGGGCAGAAAAGUUACUGCUGUCGGCUCACAGGACACCGACACUGUUCCGGACAUAUCUGACUUGGAGAAAAUGUUGGGUUUGGCCGAGGAUGGUAAGAGGGACGAGGUCAAAGAGUAUCAAGAAUGGUUUUCUAAAACAGCCCCAUCUUGGGACAAUCAAAAUAUCCUCCAUGCUGCAGCGAGAUCGGGGAACUUAAGUCUCAUGAGAGAUCUUCUGAAAAACGAACAUGUAAAGAAGUUGGUAACCAAGGCGGACAAUAUCGGCUUUCUCCCUCUCCAUGAUGCCGUUGCUAAAGGCUCUCCAAAGAUGGUUGAAAUCCUACUCAAGUCCGGCCCAAAAACACAAGUAGGUCAACGUACUAAGAGAUCUGGUUAUACUCCAGUGAUCAUGGCAGCCGACAGGGGAUUCGUGGAGAUCUUGAAAUCGUUUGAGGGAUAUGAGAAAGAUUUAGUGGCAAAAAGCUGGGACGGCGAAACACCACUGUUGAGGGCCAUUCGCCGCUUGUCGGAAAUGCGGGCGUCACAACCUCCCGCAACGUCAUCUCCCGCAACGUCACCUCCCGCAACAUCACCUCCCACAACACCACCUCCCACAACACCACCUCCCACAACACCACCUCCAGCAAUAGCACCUCCAGCAAUAGCACCUCCAGCAAUAAGCGCCGCCUGGAAGCAGGCUCUCGAUGCUCUCGAUGCUCUCAAUUCAUCGCGAGAAGUGUAG